UGUUGUCUUGUUCCUCUAGCUUCUUCCUGCUCUUCUUUAGUUUCUUCAGGAUCGACAGUUUUUGCUGGAUGAAGUCUUUGUGGUUGGUAGAUGGCUCAUUGAUGGUUCUUUCGAUGCUGAUUUGUCUUCUGAGUUCGAUGCUCGCUAAGCAGGCUGAUAGGGUUUUCUGUCUGUGGCUUUUAGAAGCAGCAAGGUAGAAGUCAGCGGUCUUUCUACAUCUUCUUGACUUCUUUGGUCUGUCUGACUCUCUCAUCAAGAUUUUGUACUUUGGUUGGUAAGGCUCAGGAGCAGGGGCAUCACAUUCUUCAUACUCAGUCUUCUUGCAACUAGAAGUCAUGAGAUUUGUCAGACUCAAAUUUGCAACUGCUGGACUUGCAUUUUGAUCUUGUGAUAUGUUCUCUGCUUGCCUUCUGGAUUGUUUACAUCAAAGAUGUGCGUCUUCUGUAGCCUUUGGCAGCUGAACCAUGGCAUAUGAUGACUCUUGAGAUUUUGGAAUGCUCAUCCUGUUAACUUCAUAAUCUUUGGUGUUUGAGUUCAUGUCGCUAUUAGAUAUGAGGUCUUCUCUUUUGAUGAUGAUCCCUGAGCCGUUCUUUGAGCCACUCUCGAUCAUCUGACAUUCCUCAACAGCUUUGUUAAAGUCAAUACAUUUGGUCAGAGAGGGUCUACUUUUAUGACUAUCGCUUUGACUCAAAUUAGUUUCUUUGUCUUUAGAUACUUUUAAGUACUUCAUAAGAGUAUACCCAACUUCUUCUGGACUCGUCAAAGUGAUGCUAUCUGCUUCCCUGGCCUCAUCUUGGUGCUCAUUCACAACUGUCAGACUCUUUUGACUCUUUUGAUUCUUUUGGCUCUUCUGUGCUGAAAACUGUUCAUUUUGAGUAUGGGGUUCUUCUUCUGGAUUGCUCACACUGCCAUAUGGUAAUAAAGGAUCUGUAGCUGUAGACACAUAUUCAGAUGACAAUUUGUAUGAAAUCUUAUCAUCUCCUAACAAAUCAGACAGAUCUUGGUCUUUCAGCUGAGAUUUGAGAACUGAGUUUUGUUUCUCAAGAGACUCCACAAGUUCUUUAAGUUUGGAGUUCUCUGUGAGCACGCUCAUGACAUACUUGAAGUAGGCUUCAGGAGCAAUACUGACAAUCUGGGGU